AUGAGGACUACCACAGCAGUAGCAGCGCUCAGUGCAGCUCUACCUGUCGCCUAUGCGCAGACUGAGAACAAUGAGACUGUCCUUGGUGUCUACAUGUUCCACCGCCAUGGCGAUCGUACCGCGAAGAUGACACCUCCUGCGAACCUCACAGAUCUUGGAUACCAAGAAGUCUAUACAUCGGGCCAGUACUACCGCAAUCGAUACAUCUCCAGCAAUGCUGCAUACAAGAUCAAUGGCGUCAACGCGGAUCUGGUCAAGCAGUCUCAGAUCGCUGUAUCAGCACCGGCCGAUACCGUUCUCCAGAAUAGCGCCGAGGGCUUCCUUCAAGCACUCUACCCUCCCGUGGGCACCAACCUCGAUACCGAGACAUUGAAGAAUGGCACAGUGAUAACUUCGCCCAUGAAUGGCUACCAGCUCAUCCCGAUCUCGCUUGUAACUUCUGGCAGUGGCAGCGAGGAUAACAGCUGGCUACAGAGCGCAUCUGGCUGUGCGAAGGCCACCAUUUCCUCGAACAACUACUUCACCAGUGCGGAGUAUAUGAACUACUUGAACAGCACCGAAGGCUUCUAUCAGACCAUUGCACCCACUAUUAACGGCACAUAUAACAGCAGCCAGAGCAGCUUCAAGAAUGCCUACACCAUCUACGACCUGAUCAACGUCGCCGAGAUCCACAACGCCUCCUUCGACCCAACCGACAUUAUCACCGAUGAAGUUUUCUAUCAACUCCGUACCCUCGCCGACGCGCACGAGUGGGGUUUGGCAUACAACAGCAGCGACAACAUGCGAGCCAUCAGCGGUAUGGUUCUCGGAGCAGAAGUCGUCCAAUACCUGAACGGCACAAUCACUGGUGCAGGCAAGCAGAAGAUCAGCAUCCAGUUCGGCGCCUACGGCAGCUUUGCAUCUUUCUUCGGCCUCGCCAUCCCAGACAUCGAUACCGUGGCUCCGGAACUCAAGGGCGUAGCUGAUUAUGCUUCCGCUUUGACCUUCGAGAUGUUCACCAACUCCAGCACGGCUGUCAGCAGCUCGAGCUACCCCAGCACUGAUGAGAUCUUCGUCCGCACGAUGUUCCAUAACGGUACUACGAGCAAUAUCUCCGAGCCGACUGUUUACCCGCUCUUCGGUAGCGGCCAGGAUGUGCUUAGCUGGAACGACUUCACGAAUGGUAUGAAUAAGUUUGCCGUGGGUACUACGAAGGAGUGGUGCUCGGCCUGUGGUAAUACUACUGGAACCUGCGCUGCUUACCAGGCUACUGGCACUAGCGGUGGAAGCUCUUCCAGCUCAUCGCCAUCUGCGUCUGCGAAGUCUGGAAAUGGAUUGAGCCCGGCUGUUAAUGGUGUGAUUGGCGCUAUGGUUACGCUGGCUAUUGUGCUUGGAUUGGAGGCGCUGAUUUUGUUGGUUGGUGGAUAUAAGAUCGUGAGCAAGAAGAGCUUGGCGCAGGGUGCCACGCAUGUCGGUGAUAACGGUGCGGCGAAGGCGUAA